CUUGUAUUGUAACGUUCACCAGGAACAUACAUGCUAAUUAAAAUCAUGCCUUGACUCUACUCCGAUUUUUGUGAUUUUCAAAAAUUUUUGGCAACUAUUUGCCGGACAAUCUGUGAUCAUGGAUUUCGGUUCAGGAUUCUCCAUCAAUUGGGUCAGCUCUGUGCUGAUCAUUCCCACAGUCGGAAAGGAUGGAAAACCCGGCCCCGAAAUAUACUACAUUCCUGGAAAAGUCACAUUGCCUCUCUUCAUCACUGCCUUCGCCGCUGCAUUUGGCAGUUCCUUCCCUCACGGCUACAACAGCGGUGUUCUCAACGCCCCACAGCAUUUAAUUCGUGAUUUUCUUAACCAAUCCAUUUAUGAUCACUAUGGUACUGUAAACACUGAAACUUCCCUGAAUCUAGUAUGGUCACUGACCGUAGCAAUAUAUUUAGUCGGAGGCAUGGUGGGGGCAUUCACGGCCGGAUUCUAUGCCGAUAAAUUUGGAAGGCGAAACGCUCUUCUGAUCUGCCAUAUUUAUCAGUUCGUGGCAGCCAUCUUAUUUGGUUGUUGCCGUGUUGCCAAUUCGUUGGAAAUGAUGAUUAUUGGACGGAUAAUAGUCGGCUACGGUUGUGGGGCUGGGACCGCCUUAGUUCCGUUGUACAUGACGGAGAUGGCACCAGUUAACAUCCGUGGAGCCAUGGGUGUGGUCCAUCAAGUUGCCAUGACAAUCGGCAUCCUUGUAUCUCAGCUUUUUGGCCUCGACCAAAUAAUGGGUAACGAAAACUCUUGGCACUACCUCCUCGCCUUCACCGCCGUCCCUAGUUUCAUCAGUAUGUUCAUACUUCCCUUCUUCCCCGAUAGUCCGCGCUACUUGCUCGUCAACCAAGGCAAGGAGGAGGAAGCGAGAAAGGCUUUGCGAAGAAUUCGUGGCCCCGACCAUAACAUAGACCAGGAUAUUGAGGAGAUGAUAAAUGAGAAAAGGCAGCAGGAAUUAGCACCGAAGUGGAACAUGGCCAAGCUCUUCAAAGAGAAACGACUCAGGUGGCCGCUCAUUCUAGUGGCUUCCGUGUCCCUAGCUCAGCAGUUAUCGGGCAUCAAUGUGACAUUUUUCUACUCGACUGAGAUCUUCCACAAAGCAGGAAUUGCGUUAGAGUAUACUCAGUAUGCCACGCUUGGCACGGGCCUCGUCAACGUUAUCAUGACGUUUGUCUCCCUUCCCCUCAUGGAAUCUAGUGGAAGGCGCCCCCUAUUGUUGGGUGGGCUGAUCGGUAUGCUAAUUUCGAUGAUCGUCAUGACAGUUGCCCUCAAUCUCCAAGGCAUGGUUCCCUGGAUGGCAUACAUCAGUGUCGUCUGUAUGAUCUCCUACGUCAUCUGCUUUGCCAUUGGCUUAGGUCCCAUCCCGCAGUUCAUCGGAGCAGAGUUGUUCAAACAAGGACCCCGUCCAGCCGCCAUGUCCUUCGCCGGCUUCAUCAACUGGUUGGCAAACUUUAUCGUCGGAAUAUCCUUCCCAUCAAUCCAGCUAGGACUGGGGGCGUAUUCUUUCACGCUUUUCAUGUGUUGCGUGACGUUCUUCUUCUUCCUGCUCUACAAGAAGCUGCCGGAGACAAAGGGCAAAAGUUACGAUGAAAUAGAGAAGAUCUUCCAUAUGAUGGAUGAUGAGAGUAAAGGAGAGGACGAAUUAACCAAGGCAAAAGUUGGUGUCCGCCUUGCGACCUACACCGAUGAGCCAGGCUUUGACCACGGUGAGAAAUUCGCCCUGAUCCGCGGUCACCGGCCAAGCAUGAUCCCCGGUGCAGCGAACGGACUGUUGUUCCCCGGCGCCGGUCCGCGAAGGCUGUCCGUCUUUUCGCCAGAUACACGACCUGAGGAUGAAAUUCUAGAUGAUAAUGUUUUGGUGGAAGAAGAUGAAGAAGACUACGAAGAUGAGGAAGAGGAGAUAAACUUGUGACGACAGGGUAAAAUUAAAAUUUAGAAUUUAAUCUGGCUACAACUUCGCCGUAUACUUCGCUUCCAAUGCGAGUGCACAAAACGGAGUCACUUGCGUCAGUGGGAAAACGGUCAAUAAAGUCACAGACCUAUACAUGCAUAGCUAUUGAUCCGUGAGAAUGUUGAAGAGACCUCAAUGAGAUGACUCAACUACUUUUGUGGAAGGCACAGCUAACAUGGCAAAACGAAUACGGUGACACUUGCAAAUGGCAUAAUGUUAGACGCACUGCCCUGAUAACGUGGUGUGUCUUCCUAGAACAGUACACAACUCGCAAAAUGUAGGAACUGAGCCGCCCAUCGCAAUUGUCGAUCACGAGAAAACAUCUUUUUGGAGAUGAGAGAUCAGUUCUCAUAUGCAUUAGGAAACACCACAGUCUCUUGUAAUUGGUCUCGAUACUCAUACAGCAGUUAGUGUCCAUGUUUCGUCCAAGGUGCAGGUAAAUUUUAAGGAAGAUAUUGACCCAAACUACGGGAAGAAGCGUGCAUGGCUAGAGAAACCAGUGCGAAACUGUGUACAUACAAAUGUACAUGAAUGUAGGAUUGCGCGCCCAUUUGAUGGUUCAUCAACAUUCGACUAGAACGGUACAACGGCGUUAUACAUGUACAGUAGAACCUCUCUAUCAAGGACACCCGUGGGACUGACAAGUGCUGUCCUUAAUGGAGAGGUGUCCUGAUUACAGAGGUCAAAUUGAAUGGGGUUGACCGAUUUGGGACCAUAUGCAGUGUCCUUAAUAGACAGGGUGUCCUUAGUAGAGAGGUGUCCGCUAAGAGAGAUCCCACUGCAGUGAUCGGGCGGGAGGGGAUAUGUUUGGAGGACGAGGGUGAUUUUACCCACGUGCAGUGGAGGGGAACGUGAAUGGAGAGGGAGGUGACUACCAGUAACAAAAUCAGUGGCGCCGCUGGUUGCAGGUUCGUCAGCAGAUUGUGUCUAUAACAAAGUUAGACCCCUGUGCAACCCGGUGUAAUGUUUUUGAGUGUUUCUAUUUUUGAGUGUUUCCCCUCAUUGUUUGGGAACGCUAAAAGAUAGAUUGACAAGUUUUUCUGUAUUUCCCCCUAUUGAAAAGUCAUGGUCUCUCUAGCUGCCUAUUGUUUGGAAACACUGACACAUGGGAAACAACCACAAAUGUUACACCGGUACUAGAUUUAUUGAUGACUGCAAAAACAGGUCGCCAUUUUGUUUUACCUACUACAGGAAUCUUCGAGUUGAUCACAGACGCGUGAAAAUACCAGAAUCAUACAAGAAUCAUAACGGUUGAUGAUCCACCGGAAAGAAUCAGUGGAUAACCAACGAACAGACUGUGUAUAUUAUUGUCUGUAUAGGUAUGCAAUUUUUGGGGGGUUUUGUGAAUCGCUACUUGAUUGAUUAAUUCUGGUAUUUUCACGCACCUGUGAUGACAUGAUGUAAUGGAAGUCUGCGUCGGCAGAGAGAAUGUCCUUCAAGGUGCUUGGAAAAUGUAACAAACUAUGUACGUAGUUUGUAUUGUAGAGAAAUAUGUUGUGUUUUUUUUCUUGAUGAUAUGCUGCUGAUGUGAACUGGUUUAUUGGUGCUAAAGUGUAAAGCUCUUGUAUAGAACAAUAGGCUGAUAUUGCAACAUUUUGUAAUCUGGGAAAAAAAGGGUGGAUUUUAUGACGUAUUGCCCUCAAAUUUGUGCUCACAUGCACAAGUGAAAAGCACAUACACCUGUAUAUUUUUUAGAUAAUUUUUAAAAGGUAAUUGUGUUCCAGUUUUAUGGGAAAUUGUUAAUGGGAACUUGAUUAUCCGCUAGGUUUUGCUCUAGAUGUGUAUGAUAUUGCAUACAUUUACAAAAAACGGUUUCAUGUAGGCAUGACAAUAUUUGUGAUAAAAUAAAUAUAAAAUAAUCUAGUCUUAAUAGAUGAUUGAUUGAAAAUAAAUUUUGUAAAGAUACGAAAAUAUACAGGCUUAGUCUUUUCAUUUUUCUGUUUUCUAGGCGAGUUUUUGACCUGAGAGUACUGAUGUAGUUCGUAAAAAAUGUCUGCGUUUAUCUUCCGAAC